UAAAGUCACAUCGAAUGGGUCUGAUCACGUGACGGGAAGCAAGCGCGUUUUCAGCUGAAAACGAGCUAGGAUAGUCGGGAAUCGCAUAUCCAGGUAAACAAAAUACAUAAAAUAUUUACACGGGGGAAAGAAACACCCAAACCCAACUACCCUCUUGUGUGCCAUCGUCUACCCUGCGGUCAUAUAAGUUAAUAACGUGGCCAAACCACGCCUCGGCAACUGUAGCUUGUUAGCCAAAUGACCCCUCUUGGAUGGAGAUAGCCAGCUAGCCGAGGUUUCUGCUACCAAACGCCGAACCGGGUGAAGCCUGUUAAUACACACGUUUAGUACGCAGCGAAAGCGCUACGGAAAUAUCCGGUAUUCGCAAAUUCAUAGCAAAUCUGUGCUGCAUCUUUGUAACAGAGAAGGUCUUUUCCUGCAGAAAAAGCUAACUCGUCGUUAGCGCGCUAGCCGGCUAAUAUGCUCACCAAGGAAAAGCUGCAAGCUAACCAGCUGUAACCUAUAGCCACAAAUCAGAGGAGGUAAUCCCGGUAUGGGGGACAUGAAGACCCCAGAUUUUGAUGACCUAUUGGCAGCAUUUGAUAUCCCUGACAUAGAUGCCAAAGAGGCCAUUCAGUCUGCUCCAGAUGAGGCAGAGGGACCCCAUGGACCAACAGCUGCACCUCUUGGAAAACCAGAAAGUGUUGUUGGCGUAGGAUCCUCUCUGAGACCGCCAAGUCCCUCAGAACCUCAGACAGACACCUCGAUUGUUAGUGUGAUUGUGAAAAAUAAAGUGCGUCUUGAGCCUGAGGAGGGAGAUGCUGACCGGGACCCCAUUGACGUUAUUGCUGGGGUAGAUGUGGGCCCUCGACUAGGUGCAUGUGCCCCUGGGAUUGCUGAAUCUGAGGCUCUCAACCACAAUGGUUUUAGAGCAUCUGGGGUCUCCACACCGCUUCCUCUCAGCCAGGUCCAAUCCAAUGGUGCACCUUGGUCAAUGAGUACACCUAAAGUGUCUUCAGAAACUGGAGCAGUGGGCUGUGGUGUGGCUAAGUCUCACAAGCAGAGUGGAAACAUUUUAAACAGACUUAAACCUCUUGUGGCUCAAGGGUCUGGAGAUCCAGUGGGUCGGGCCAGGAAGAUGCAGCUUCUUCAGCAGCAGCAGCACCAACAGCAACAGGAUACAGAUCAAGAUAAGGCAGAUGGAGUCAAAGCGUCAUUGCUCUCUUCUUCCUCUCUGUCAAGUGGGACUUCUCUAGGAACAGAUGGGCCUGUUGGAUUAGCCUCUCCUUUUUUUCCAUCUUCCAAGCCUUUGCUUUCUCCUCCACCCUCUGCCCUCUCAUCACACCCUUUGCACUCACCUCAGCCUUUUAAUGGAGCAUCCAAAAGUGGACCUGCUGGGUUUCAACCCCAGGAGUUGGAGGACGAUGAUUCUGAUGUAGAUUUGGGGAGCCCGCUAGUAAUCCAGGAGAACCCAGACUCCCCAUCAUCCACUCAGUUGAGCCGUCGUUACAAGUCUGUCAGUGCUGACCCCAAUAAGACCCACCCUCAGCCCUCCGCUGCAUCUCAUCCUAAACCUGGUGACACACCUUCAGGUGCGGCUUCUUCAACUUCCCGUCCUGGUUCAGCAGAGAGUCCCCCACUGGAGGACAAACACCCAGAACAUGUCAUAGAAGAAAGAGACUCACCAGAGAGUCCUGAACCAGAAACUCCAACAGCAACAGCUCAUGCUGCAACCAAGAAGUGCUCUAGCCCUGCAGUGGCCUCUACUCCUCCUCCAUCAGAACUACAGGAGCCUAAAGAGGAGGAGGAAGAAAUGGAAGUAGGGAAUGGGAUUGAUAGGGUAGUUGAAGGGAAAGCUGACAUAGGGAAAGGAGACGAUACAAGAACAGGUGAAGAGAAGAUGGAGGUAGAUGAUAAGUCUAAGCUUCUGUCCGCUGAAGGAAAGGAUGCGAGGAUUCCUGCAUCUGCUGCCUCUGGGGCUUCAUCUCGACCCCUCAAAGUAAGAAUAAAGACCAUCAAAACGUCCACAGGUGGAAUCACUAGAACUGUUACAAGGGUAGCUUCUAAAAGUGGGGCUGCUGGAGGUAAGGGUGUAGACACUAAAUCUCAAGCUGGGGAACGAAAAACAUUGGCAAACAAGUCUCAAAAAACUGAAAUACCAUCUGGACAUGUGGCAACAACAUCACAGCAGCAGAAAAUAAACGCGCUUAACACCCUGCCAGUAUCCACACUAGCAGCCAGCACUGUCAUGCUAGCUGCUGCCACGAAGGUCCAAAACAAAAUUGCGACUGAAAAAGCCAAGGUAUCUGCCACUGCUGUCACCAUCACCAAAUCUGCAGCUCUGCCUGUGACUCCCGCUGUGGCCUCCUCUCCCAAGUUUUCUGUUGCUGCUGGUGGCAUCACUGUUCGAACAGCCACUAAUAAGACCGCUAACGGAGGUAGUGGCACCAUCAUUGGCAACAGUCUCCAACCAAACAAACCAGCCUCCAUAGUCAACAGCACAGGCGCUGUCAUCUCUCGCAGUCAGUCUAGUCUGGUAGAAGCUUUCAAUAAAAUCCUAAACAGUAAGAACCUUUUACCCAGCUAUAAGCCUGACCUCUCAGCACCUCCACCACCUGAGUGGGGACUCCCACUUCCAGCCACAGGAUAUCGCUGUCUGGAGUGUGGAGAUGCAUUUGCUCUGGAGCGGAGCUUGGCUCGACACUACGACCGCAGGUCACUCCGCAUCGAGGUAACCUGUAACCACUGUGCAAAGAGGCUGGCCUUCUUCAACAAGUGCAGUUUGUUGCUGCAUGCCAGGGAGCAUAAGGAGCGCGGACUCGUCAUGCAGUGCUCCCACCUGGUCAUGAGGCCAGUGACAGUGGAGCAGAUGAUUGGACAGCAGGACAUUGCACCGAUUAGUGGCCUGCUCUCCUCUUCAUCCUCUUCUCCUCCAGUCUCCUCCCCUUCUACCACAGCCGGUGCUCCUGCCGUUUCUGCCACCUCGAGCCCAAUGAAGGAUGCUUUGUCUCCAGCAUCAGCUCAGCCUCGACCGGUCCGCCGUGCGCCUCAGGGACCCCAGGCAUUGAUGCCUCUCCCAUGCAAGAAGGUCGAGGUGUUGCAGUACAACAACUUCAAAUGUCCAGAGUGCCAAACACAGUUCUCUGGCAAGGCCGAGCUGGUCACCCACUUCCAGCAGAUCCGAUCUACCCCCAACUCGACUUGUACGCAGUGCUCUCCUCCCAUGAUGCUGCCAAACUCGUGCGCAGUGUCUGCUCACCAGAGGAUCCACAAGCACCGAGCGCCCCACGUCUGUCCUGAGUGCGGGGGUGUUGCUCGGCAGGCCAGCUUCCAGACCCAUCUAGAGGAGGCCUGUCUGCACUUUGCAAGGCGCAUUGGCUACAGGUGCUCCAGCUGCCAGGUUGUGUUUGGUGGGUUGAACUCCAUCAAGUCCCACAUCCAGACUGCUCACUGCGAGGUCUUCCACAAGUGCCCCAGCUGCCCAAUGGCCUUCAAGUCUUCCCCAAGCGCUCAGAGCCACAUCAGCACGCAGCACCCAACGCUCACUGGAGGACAGGCCAAAAUGAUCUACAAGUGUGUGAUGUGUGAUACUGUUUUUACCCAAAAACCCUUGCUGUACAUGCACUUUGACACUCACUUAGCCAAGCAAAAAGUGCACGUGUUCAAGUGUCCUGACUGCACCAAGCUCUAUGCUCAGAAAGGUUCCAUGAUGGAACAUAUCAAGGCCACUCACCGAGGCCCGACAACCAAACAGGAGGCUCAGUCUGAUGUCUCCGCCCCUGCCCCGACCCCGGCUGCUACAACCAGCCCCUCUGGCCCCAAGUCGAAAUGUGCUGGAAAAACAGACAACUCAGAUGGAGAGGACUGGGGACGUGAACAGGAAGACGAAGAGGAGGAGGAGGAGGAUGAAGACAAUGACGAUGCGGAUGAGGAUUAUGAGGCUCCAGCAGGUGUUUCAAACUCUGCAGGGGGAAGCGGUAACCCCAGCAACCAGUCAGACUGGACCUGCCCACAGUGUCAGACCACAUUCACUGACAAUGAGGACUAUCUGGGUCAUGUGAAGCUGGAGCAUGGAAAGUUCCCUUGCCGUAUUUGUGGAGGCGCAUUCAGUACGUCAUCCAGUCUGAGGCGUCACGAACGAGUCAUUCACGAAGGCAACAAAAGAGUCUUCCAUUGCCAAUAUUGCACAGAAGGCAAGCGCACUUUCGGCAGCCGGUUCUUACUGGAUAAACAUAUUCGGCUCCAUCACAGAACCACGGAUGGACAGGGUGUCCCCAUGACCAGGAAACGUGCAGCCACUGGGGGGGAUGGUCCAGGAAGCUCCACAGAGCAAGAUGGCGAGGGCAGCACUCCGGGAGGCAAACCAGCAGACGAGGAAGAAAACACCACUGAAGACGGUGAAGAAGGUACCGGUCCUGCAAAGAGAACCAGGGCGUCUCUGGCCUCAACAUCGUUACCACCUUCUGAACUGGAGGAGGAAGACAGUGUUUUCCGUUGCAUCCCCUGCGGCUUCUCCACCGAGGACGGAGCCGAGUUUCAGCGCCACAUCCCUCAGCAUCGGGCAGACACCGCCUCCUUCCAGUGCCUGCAGUGCGGCGUGUGCUUUGCCUCUGCCGGCUCCCUCAGCAGGCACCGUUUCAUCACUCACCGUGUGCGGGACACCCAGGGUGAUACAGACCGCGGUACGCCGCGCGCCCACACCUCUCCUGACGGCUCACCCGCUCCCUCUCCUCAGGGCCAAGGCGAGGACGGAGACGGUAAUCUGAGCUGCAAGGUGUGCGGGCGGCGUUUCGACAAGGCCUCAGACCUCAACACUCAUUUCAGGACCCACGGCAUGGCCUUCCUCACCGCCCACAAGACAGACAAGCCCCAGUAGAAGUGGGCGGGUCCACCCUCGUACAGAUUAUCUACAAGAAGAGUGCGACCUGCUUGAACAGAGUUUGUAGAAUAUUGAUCGUGAGAAGACGGCGAGCUACUCCAACUGGGUUUUUUUUUUUUUAAGCCACAUAAACAGUUUUACCAAUACCAUGUCUGUGCGAUUGUAACUGCAUGUCACUUAACGCACUCGAGUGACUCUUGAACAGCCCAGAGCGAAGCUUUCACACAUCAGCCAUACUGUGUCUGUUUUAAUCACUCCUCACGGAGUGGUGCCACCUGCCUGUUUAUCACGUAACACUUUACAGUUUUUUGUACAUCACCUUUUUCAUGUUAACCACACUGACCUUUUCUGUUCUUAUGCUCAUCUUGCUGGUCUUGGAUCAGUAUAAUCAGAACCACAGGCUCCAAACAGCUAAAGCAUGAAGGGGAGUGUUUAGAAACACAAUAACAAAACGUCUUAAACACAAUAACAUCUGCAUUUGUAGUCGGACUGUGUCGGGGGGGUUCUACUGUACACCGGUAGAAGUGUGAUUUACUUGUUGGGUGGGGGUGGGGGGGUGAAGGCAUUUCUCAAAGGUCUGUCGCCUGUGUAGUAAGAAUAUUGUAAUGUUAUUUAUUGUUGAGCUAGAAGAAGAAGAAGAAGGUCAGUCGUCUGUUUCACCCUGUAAAUACAUUAUUACACUAAAAAAAAAGUUCUGGUUUUAGUAACUUACGAUAAUGUGAAUACAUAUAGUACUUGUACUAUUUUCUCCCUGUCUUAUUUUAAACUGAAAAGAAAAAAAAAAGAUUCCCCUGCCCCCCCACAGAGGUAGCUAUAAAUUGUAAUUAAUGAGCAGGAGUUCUCGUCUUCACGUGUACAUGGAUACAAAUGUUUGACUUUUUUUUUUUUUUUUUUUUAAUCUCCAGAAUCAGUGCUUGCUCUUCUCGCAUUUCUUUUGUAUGUUCCAAACAUCCUUCAUGGUCACAUGACUGAGGCCUCUGGGUUGAUUUUUGUUUGUAUCUUUUUUAUAUGUCAUAUUUAUAUAGCUUAAUAGUGGAAAUCAUGACAUUUUCUUUUUCAUGGUUGUGGUCUGCUUGCUGAAAAAAAAAUAAUAAUAAUGCCAUACACUUUGUGCUGUUUCAAAAUAAAUGUCGAAGAGAGAGA